UAUGUAAAAGCACUACAGAAAACCCUCUUAUACCUGAAGAUCUUACAAAAUAUUUAGAUGCUGGUGACACUGAGUGGCAAAGGGAUGAUCUGAGAAAGUUGGGAGAAAGAAGAAAAUUAAAUAUCAUUUGGCCUCCUUCCAGGGAAGUGCCUAAGAAAAACUAUUCCUUUGAAGAGGAGCUCAAAAUGAGGAAGCCUCAAUGGCCACCUGAAAUGAUUACUCCUCUAUCCUCUGAACUUAACACUGAAUCACUGUCAGGACAGUUUAAAACUCUGGAAAAUAAAGAACCAGACAACAUUUCUCUCCUACAAUCGUAUCUGCUGUCUACCCCUAAGUAUCAGAAAAUGGAUGUUAUAGGCAUCAAAGAAAUGAGAAUAUAUGAAGCCAGAAAUGAUGACAAGAAGGUAGGAAAUACGAAUGUGCAAGAUAAGCUGAAUGAAGCAGAAGAUGCAAAGAAUAAAAGAAUAAGUGGAAUGGAUCUUAAUGACGACAGAAAUGUGAUUGUGCAGAGUGUUGAAAGGGAGAAAAAUGGAAAAACUAAUGAACCUGACGGUGCAGAAGUUUUACAGGUUACUAACGCUGAUGAUGAGCUGGUGCCAGAAUAUCACAAAGGGAAUUUGAAUAAUAAUAACAAUAAUGUAACAGUCUCGAAACUGAAUAAUUUCAGGCAGAAGACAUCUAUUUUAGAGUUUCCUAACCUAUUACCACUGUCAAGUGCUACAAUCUACACUGCAAGCAAGUACCAAGUUAAAACAUUGGGAUGUGCAUCCAGAAAGUCAGAGUAUAUUUGAAUCUGAAAAAAAUGUAUUUAAGGGAUUACUCCCUGCAGAUCUGGAGAAGCAGACUGACAGAGCAACUGCUGGCAGUCCUGCGCAGUCUGCCCAAAUCCAGGCUUUGGGGCUUCCUGGUUAAGGGAAGCUCAGUAGCAUUCUAACACAACUCUUUUAAACACUAAAGGAAUCCAUCCAAACAGCAGAAAUAUACACUUUUCUAUUUUUAAUGAAUAUGAUCCAACCUGUAUUUUAUUUUAUUUUUUAACUCAUUUUUAUUAGUCCAUGUUUAGAGUCCAUCACAAUGACGUUCACCUUGGGGAUCUGGUACAUGUACAUAACACAUCUUCAUUCUUUUCUGAUCCUCUUCGGCACCCUUCGCUCCCACUUCCCAUCCCCCCUUUCGUCAUCACCUUCCCUUUUUCCACAGUGCUAUCCCCUUUUAUUGUUUCACAAUGUGGUGAAGAUCACUGACCUACCAAGAAAACUUUUGCCCUACCAAGAUCAUUUUGAGUGUGAUCUAUCAGAUAGUGUUAUAUCAACUUUCUAAAAAUGCCACGUUUGCAUUUAAGAGAAUUUGGAAAGGUCACCAAACACUUGGUGUGACGAAACAUGAGCAGCCCACGUGGGUGGAAACACACAUGUUGCUGCUCAGAGCCUGGAAUAAUGUGCAGCUCCGCCUCCAUUUUCCAGCCUGGAGGACCAUCCCGAACUGUCUGUGCGAGAACAGCGAGGCACAGGUCUACGGUGAGAUCAGUGAGACCGACCGAAGCAUCUCUGGCCAUUUGCAGUUCACACUCACCCAUGGAGAGAUAGGGAUGUUCUGUAAUAAGACUUUAAGGACUUGAAAAUGUUUUGUUGAUUUGUAACAAUUAUAAAUCACAUGUGUUUCACAAAGUGAUAUUUGCUGCAUUACAUUUCAUGAUUUGUUGUAAUUCAUUUUAAUCUAAUUUUAUCCUGAAUUUAAUGAAGUCAUGAAAUAAUAUGUCUACAUUUUCCUCUCAAACAGCACUGACAUGUAUCACUGUUUUUCUAUGUAACAUCGUGGAUGUGAGACUCUCUAUUACUGCUAUUUAUUAAAAUUCUUAUACCUUCUAUAAAAAUUUCUGCUGAAAUAAAAUCAAAUCAUCUGAUAUACAAACUAA